ACAGGGGGUUGUUGUUGCUUAGACCCCAAUGGUGAUGGAAGCGUUAGGGAUUUAUAUAAAACGCUGGAAACAUACUUCGGAUGUUCAGAAACGAAUCAUGGAUAGAAUCAUUCGUGUCUUCUGCGCUGUAAUCCUCAUCAGCCAUAUCUGUUUUGAAGUUAUUUUAGCAAAUCAAAAGUUUGAACCAGCUAUAGAAGCAAAACUUAAAGAAGAAGACGAAAGCAAAAUACCAUCCAUUUGGUUUAGCCCACGCCUAGGCAGAAAGAAGCGUAACUUGAAGGAUGAAGGGUACAGACCAACUGAACAGGAGCAACAAGAACUUUUGGAAGCUUUUGAAGACUCUCCGUUGGCGUUAGUGGCAAUAAACGGCAAUGACAGAUUAAUCUGUAAGAAUGUACAAGGGAAACGGAGCAGUUUCAUUCCAAGGCUAGGAAGGAACGUUGAAGAAGAUCUCUCAUCCAAUGACAAAUGGCUUGAGACAGAAAAUUCUGCUGAGUAUGUGAUUCAGCGAUCACCACCAUUUGCUCCGAGGCUGGGGAGAAGAUUCAAUCCUUACUUCCCAAGAUUAGGAAGAGAAGUUUAAUAUAUACUUAUCAACAACAAAAUAUUUUAAAGAAACUACACAAUAAACAUUAUUCUGAUUUUGUUCA